UAUUUAAAUAAUAAAUUUUUAUUCUUUUCUCUCCCUAUCAUUUAGGUUUCUUUUUAAUUUUCAUUCUUUUUCCUUACCACGAAAAAAAAUCCCUUCAUGGCACUUCCAUCGGUUCAAAGAGUUUUUCUUGAAUCAAUAGCAUCUUCAUCAGACCCAGAAGGACGUUUUAUUGAAGUCAAUGGAAUUCAAACAUAUUAUAAAAAAGUAAUCCCACAAAGUCAUAAACAUUUAUUACAAAAUCAACAUUUUAUUCCGAAUGAAACAAAUAAACCCGUAAUUCUUUUACUACAUCAUAUUCUUGGAAAUCUAUAUACCUGGAGACAUCAUAUGCAACCUUUAGCUGAUGCUACGGGAUGUCAUGUUAUAGCUUAUGAUAGACCAACUUUUGGUUUUACUGAGAGACCCACUAAAUGGGAAGAAGGACAAAAUCCUUAUACUCAAGAAGCAUCUGUAGAUUUUGCGGUACAACUUGUGGCUAAUUUGGGCUAUAAAAAUAGGAAAAUCGCAUUCGCUGGAGUAUCUGGUGGUGGCGGAAUAAUUUGUGCCAUCGCCAUAAAAUAUCCAGAUUUAGUCCAUUCUUUAAUUUUAAUAGCUCCUUCCAUAAGACCCGAAGACCAAGGCCCACCGCCAAUCGGUCGACAUAUAUUAGGUUCAGCUCCGGGACGACUUUUCAUAAAAAUUGCAUUAUAUCAAUACCUACCACUCACAUUAUUUUAUCACAAUACAAACUCAAUUCCUGAUUGGGAAACUGUAGUAAAACCAACUUAUCGAGUUCCAUUAACUUUACCAAAUUUUUAUGAAUCAUUUUCAUGGUUAAUGAAGUAUUUUGUACCAUUAAAUAUUCUUCCUAACAAAGAUAUUUUAACGCAAAAACCAAUAUUAUAUAUAUCAGGUGAUGAUGAUAGAUAUUUACAUGUUGAUAAACACAGGGAGGUAUUUGAUGAAAUUGCUUCAACUCCGACUUCUUCAACUUCUCAUCCAAAUUUUAAAAUGGAAUUCAAAGUAAUAAAUGAAUGUGGUCAUUUACCUCAAGAUGAAAAACCUCAAGAAGUUUUAAAUUCUAUUAUUGACUUUUUGAUUUCAUUGCAAAUUUAAUUAUUCUUGCUAUUAAUUUCAAAUGUUUUUAAAUUAAUUUUUUUUUAUUUAUGAUUUUUUUUAUUAAUAAUAUUUUUAAGUUUUUAAUGUAUUUAUACGAAA